AUGGCGAAAAUCAAGAGUGAUACCGAAGGCACAGUGUAUAUGCCCACAGUAGCUGCACAGAAAGAAAGCGAUCUAAAUGAUAGCACAACAUCACGAGCCGUUAAAGUUAUUAUAUGCUUUUUAGUCCUACUUGUGCUUGGUCUUGCUAUAGCUGUGAUCAUUAUCUCUGUGAAUGAUUCCAAACAAUCAGGCAGCGUAUCCAUCUGUGCAACGACCUCGUCGCUCAAGCCAAAUUAUACGAAAUCUCAGGAUCUGUAUCGAGAUUUAUCUGAAAUAGAGCUUUUUCAAGUGCGUGACUACAUCUUGAACGUUGCGUCGCUUAAUAUCACUCCUUUUGAAAAAGCUGCGGUCAACUCAAACUACAUUUUCCUGAUUGAACUACAGAACGUCAACAAAGAUGACGCCAUUGCAUACCUUGACCACAACGGACCAAAACCAGCUCGGUCUGCAAAUGUUAUCAUAUUCAAAGGAGCUGUAUCCCCUCCAGUUGUUGAGGAAAUAUUAGUUUACUUUGAUAAACCAAUGAAACAUGAACUAAACACACUACUAACUAAUAACACUAUACCGUUUCAUGCUCGGCCUCCAAAUAAUCUCGAAUAUGCACGAAUAGCAGAAAUCGUGAAUGAUUUUGGAGGAAAAACUCAUGAUAUUUUGAAAGAAAGUUACGAUGGUUUUACCAUAGCCAACUGUACAGAUCAUUGUUUAACAUACACUGAUACUGGACCGACCUCUAUGUUUAGUUCCAAUGAACAUCAUGCAUUUAUUUGGUUCUUGCGAGCUGUGAACUAUGGAGAAUAUCUACAUCCAGUGGGGCUGGAGCUCUUGAUACAACGUCAAGGAACCGAUGUGAGCAAGUGGAAAAUUGAGAAG